AUGGUAGACGCCGACUCAUCAUCGGGGGAAAUCUCGUUUGAACAAAGACCUGCUUCCACUGGAGACAUAUCUGCAGGGUCGAGCUCGACAGGUGAAAUCUCUUUGACCGAUAUGACCAUACCCGAACACGAGCACCUCUCGCCCGCCGCCACCAUCUCACGAGGGCUCUAUCACCAGUGCGGCACUGCGCGCAGAGUCAAAGUGUACGAGCUGCAGAAUGAUAACUGGUUCGACCACGGCACGGGAUACUGCGCCGGUGUCUACGAUGAAGAGCACGACCAGGCGUUAUUGGUCGCUAAAUCGGAGGAGCUGUGCCAAUACAUGAGCCUGCCGCCUCCGCCAGCGGAGGACGAGAACCGCGAACCAGGAGGGAUUCCUCGCGCAGAAGAGGAGGAUCUUACGAGCCAGUACAUCAUUGUCGUCUCGGCACAGUUGUCUCCGGAGGAAGUCCUUCUCUGUACGCAGGUCGUACGAGAGGACAUCUAUCAACGCCAGCAGGAUACGCUCAUCGUCUGGACAGAGCCUGGCGGAAAGGAUAUGGCCUUGUCGUUUCAAGAGGCGGAAGGCUGCAACGAGAUCUGGGAAUUCCUGAGUGAAGUACAGAAGCACUUCAAGAUCAACGGUAAGUACGGAGCCGACGAUGGCGAUUCGUCAGAGCCAGGGCAACCCAUGUCGCGAGAGUUGGGAUUCGAAGAGUCUUUUCAGACAGGCGAGGAGAUGCUGAGCAUGGUCGAGGGCGACCAUAUUCUGCCCGAGCCGACAUUAGGAAAUGUCGAACAGAUCGACUUUGCGGUGCGGGAACUUGCGAGCCGGCCGCCUCAAUUCCGCGAGAGAUUCGCAGAGUGGCUUCUGAAGACUGGAUACAUCAAGAGCAUGAUUGAGCUCUUCCAUGAUGCAGAGGACUUGGAGCAACUCGGCGUAUUGCACAGCCUCUGCUCCAUCAUGCAGAACCUCUUACUCCUCAAUGACACGGUCAUGUUCGAAUGGAUCUUGCAGGACAACGUCUUUCUCGGUGUCGUCGGGAUGCUCGAAUACGACCCGGUCUUCCCUCGUGAUAAGGCCUCAUUUCGCCAGUAUCUCUCUGACCCUGGUCGCUUUCGACAAGUAGUACCCAUCACCGACGCCAACAUCCUCACCAAGAUCCAUCACACCUACCGCUUGCACUAUCUCAAGGAUGUCAUCUUGGCGCGCAUUCUCGAAGAUGCUACUUUUUCGACGUUGCAGUCGAUUCUGUUCUUCUAUCAAGUUGACAUUGUCAGCUAUUGCGGGGGUAAUGAGGACUUUCUCAGACGGCUCUUUGCGGUGUUCAAGACGUCGGCGCAGCGAGGAGAUGCUGCGGCGGAGCAGCACAAGCGCGAUGGCGUCAUCUUUCUCCAGCAACUUUGCAACAUGGGGAAGACCAUUCAGCUACACUCUAGGAUCAGCCUCUACCAUACGCUUGUCGAAUGGGGCUUGAUCGACGUCAUUGAGUUCGCUUUCGAUGCUGGCGACGCCACACUUCGGAAUGCGGCGGCCGAGAUGCUGAUUGUCAUCAUCGAGUAUGAUGCAAACAGCGUGCGGCUGCGCAUUCUCGAAUUGAAAGACAAGAAAGAGCGGACGCUUAUGGCGAUCUUGAUCGAGCACUUGCAUCGCGAUGGUGACAUGGGUCUCAAAUCACAAAUCGUGGAGAUCUUGCGCACCCUUCUCGACUGUGGUGACGGCUCGAAUACGACAGCGUCGCAGGCCAUGAUGCAACAGCAAGUGCUGGGUAAUAAGCAAGGCCCUAAAGCAGAUCCGGAACGCUUUUUGACAGCAUUCUAUGAAGAGGACUGCGAGUUGUUGCUCGCACCUCUCAAGCAACUGCCGGAUGUCAUGACGCUGCCAAGAAGGUCCCGACUGCCUCCGAUGAGCUUAAGCAGGUCCGCUCUCUUUGGACAUCUGUGCGACUUGCUUUGCUUCAUCAGCACCUGCCAUGGCUUUCGAAGUCAGUACUUUGUCAUCACCUCAGAGGUCUCCAAGAAGGUUGCGACGCUGCUGCGGAGCAGAGAUAAGCACGUUCGUUGCGCGUCUCUGCGCUUCUUUAAAGCCUGCCUCGCCAACAACAAUCAGUUCAUCAAUCGUCACCACAUCAAGAUCGAGUUGUUCGAGACGCUGCUGGACAUUGUCGAAGAGGAAGCGGAUCGCGACAACCUCGUCACUUCGGCGUGUAUUAGCUAUUUCGAGUAUAUGAAGCAAGAAGCAGUUAUGAAGCCGCUGAUCAAUCAUAUUGCAGAGAAGAACCAACCCGCUUUACAACGCUUGGCCAGGCAUUCGACUGCAGGGAAGGUGUUCAGCGAGCUGCUCUCCCGAUGGGAACAGUCUUCGAGCUCAUUAGCAAGUAGCAAGGCGCUGAUACAAACGAAUGAGGAUGCGCGGAGGGUUCCUCCGAAGCGACGAGGUGCGACUACGAAGGCCAUGGAAGCCGAAGCGGAAGAGAGCUACUUCCACGAUGACCAGGAGCCAGAGGCAUCCGGUUCUGAGGCGAAGGUCAUAACUCCCGUACCGAACCUGGUGCCGUAUGCCGACGACGAUUUUGACUUUGACGUCACACCGAGCAGUACGCCAUCACAGAACAGUGGCUCAUCGUCAACGCCAGAUGCACAAGGCUCUGCGUCGGUAGCCGAGACGAGCAUCGAGGAUGCACCGAUGCUGCGACUCGGCGAAAAGCGAAGGCGCGAAGAGGAUGAGGACGCGCUGGAUAUGCUGAGUGCCAAGCGCAAGCAGGCACCACCAUCAACAGAUGCCAGCGCUGAUGCAGAACCUCAAGCCAAACGCCAGAACCAGGAUGGCUCUUCACCUGCCGCGUCUACGAUUUUGGGGGAUACUGAGGGAGGGUUCAUCCGCGAGGAAGCGCAGGAAGUCUUGGCAUUGCUGCCAUCGCAGGCGGCUGGUCCAAUUCCUGUUUCCAGUGAGCCCUCCCUGUCACCUCGCGUGCCAGGUCCAGCUUCGUCGAACACGAAGAAGGUGUCGCUCGCGCUGUCACAGUCAGCAAUCAAGAUGGCGCAGGAUAGUAGCACCGGCGACGGCGAGAAAGGACGCAAAGAGGCGGCGAGAGACGGUAGCGGGAGUUAG